AUGACUUUUUUCACGCGUGUCUUCCGGGGCAAAGAAUCUGCGGCUGCUAAGAAGCAGUCCAAGAAAACGUCGGAACCCGCAGAGCCUUCGAAGCCAAAAUGGACCGACGCAUGGCUCAGAACGGAAGUCGGUCCGGAGGAGGUGCAGGAGCUGUUGCACGGUUGUACGCAGGAAUUGAAGUUUCGAGCUCUCGAUAUUCCCUUUCUGCUGCUUCCUUUCCGUCCUAGCUCCGAUCCCAGCGCGGCGCGUACGUUCGUUAGAAACUAUUUCAACCUAGAGCGAUCGACUCCCCUUCGUGGGGAGGCUUUGAAGCAGGAGCUGAAGUUGACUGAGGCAAUGGUCCUAUGCAGUGUGCUGAAAUGGUGCUGGAGCAGACUCCCUGGAGGAGUAGUGACUUGGGAAGCCUACGAGCUCUUCAAGGUUGGCGAGCAAGACUCACACUUCGCCCGCGAUGCCUUUUCCACUUUCAUUCCAAUCAGCGUUGAAUCAGAUGCACGAACGAAGAUCAUCUUUGAUUUCUUCGACCUCCUUGCGGCGAUUGCCGCUCAUGGCAAGUCGAACGGUCUGGGUGGAAGAAAGCUCUCAAGAUAUGCAGGAUGGUGGGCGUUCGAGCACACGGAUGCCGGCAAUGGCUUUGAUGCAGCGUACAAGAACUGGGCAGCUGCCGCGGAUGCUGCGAGCCAUCUAUUCUUCGCCUACCUGCGCUCCCUAUCUCCGGAUCCUGGUCGCGCAAUCAAGGGCAUUUCGACCCUUCCAAUUGCUCUCCAGUCCCUUGUUCAAGCAACGGAAUAUCCGCCAGAAGCGCCUGCGCUGCUUCAGAUCACGACAACCAAGGUCGUCAUGAUUGUGGAUACGGUCUCCCCGACCCCGUUUGCCUUGCUACGGCGCGCGAAGAAUUUUGAAUAUAGGGAUAGUGAUCAGGAAUUGCAAGACUUUGCCGCUUACGAAGAUCCGGUGCGCGCCUUGACUGAUGAGUGUCUAAGAGUGCUCAAGUGCAUCUCCUCUACCAACCAGUCGUCGCAUGUCUCAAGCACAAAGGAUUCAACAAGCCUGCGCGACGCGUCGUGGUCCCGGUUCGAAGACAUCGGAUUUGGCGGCGUAGAGUCGGACACAGACGAACCACUUGACGGUACGACAAGCCCUGGAAGCGAUGCUCCAGGUUUGUCGUCAAUCCCUCGCUCGGCGGGUCCGCUAGGUCGUCCAACAACCCCUUCCUGGGCUGAUUUCUUGUCGACGGGUUUUAAUGACGAGAACGGCAUGAAAACUCCCCAUUCUCUCCUUCUGCCGCCGGACAAGGUGCUCCCUCCUAUUGCAUCCGUCCGAGGCCAGAGCUCUCAGUCGCAUAAGCGCACGCUCGAUACAGAAUCUGUUCUGGAUCCCGGAGAACUCGCCAACGUCACUAGGAUCGACCUGGACGACUCAUUCUGGUGGGUCUGGAUUAGCAGUCUCUCGGGUGAGGAACCAGCAGCACGCAAGGCGGUCUUUGGACGAUGUGCUUUGAUCGAAACCAUUAUUGCCGGGGCCAAGUGGUUGGUCCUCGAGGAGCAGGUGAAAGGAGCAGCCCCUGAACCUGAACCUGGUGCGUAUAUCGCAGAGAAGAAGAGAUUCUUCGGGUUUAGCAGGAAGGGCAAGGUAACUCGCCGGAAGUCCACGGCCAAGAAGAGUCCCUUGGAUCAACCCUAUGCAAGAGGAAACAACCCUGCUCCUCAAAGCAAGACCAGCAUUGCGCCAGACCAGCAUGCCAGGAUACAGGCCGCCGCCGCCGCUCUUCAGAAGAAGCGCCAGGAGCAGGAGGAAGAAGUCGCCAAUGAACGUCGAGCCAGAAUUCCUGAGGAUGCUCAUUCCACGAAGACGAACUCUGUAAUGACUCUACAACCGGUGAUCCUGAACGAGGCUUCUCAGGCGAUGAAGUGGGCCAGUAUCUACGAUAAGGAUGCUGUCCGUUCCGCAUAUCUCAGAGACAACCGCGCAGGUACCGGAGCCCCUACAGAUACGCUGAACCUCCAAGCAAAUGAUCGAUCGCGAAGCGCCUCGCCUGUCCCAACCACGACAACCAAGGUUGCUCCUCCAGCUACUCCGACCUCCCCGCAACAGAAGCGUGAGGUCACGCCCGUUGCAGCGGCUAUUCCUACUCCAGCUCCAGCGCCAGCGCCAGCGCCUCCAGCCAAACCUGUGGAGGCUCCAAAUAACAAAGACGCUGUUGAAGCGGCCGCCGUUCCUUUGCCAGAGCCAGAGCCCCCUGCUACACCAGUUGUGGAACAGACUCCUGAACCCCAACCUGCCCCUACUCCACAGCCGGCUAAGGAACCCUCGUCGCCGCAGUCGCCCAAGUCCAUCGCCUCCACGGAUGAACAUAAAAAGCUCAAGAAGAAGACCGGCAACACAGGAUUCAAGGGCAUCUUCGGCGGCAACAAGAAGAAGGUCGAUACGCCUCCUAUGAAGCCCACUGGUGGACAGGGUGCUGUCGCCGCCGCACGCGCUGCUCUGGAGGGCAGAAACAAGGCUGCUCAAGAAAAGCCUGGCCCCAAGCCUGGCUCCUACAAGCGUCUGUCUGGAUUCAAGAAGAAGUCUAUCUCCGAAAGCCCGUCGCCUGCCCCUGAGUCCAAGCCUUCCACACCAAAACCGGUGGAAGAACCAGCGGCAGUAGAGCCGGAACUUCAGGGAUCCAAGAAGGCGCAGGAAGCUCCAGUUUCACUUCCAGCGAAUGGACCUCCACAGACCCGAAAGGACGCGGACUAUGACAACCUUUCCCGCGUCAACACUGACGAGAAAGCCGCAGCCGAUCGUGAAUUCUCCUCGUUCGACCAGGGUCCUCUGGUUGAUCAGCCAGCCAGAACGCCGCAAGACUCGCCUGUGUCGGAAUCGUUCCCUGAUACAAGGCAGCCUAUAGAUACUGCAACAAACGGGCAGUCCAGCCCUGAGCCAACCGAGCCGGUCUCGCCAUCGCAUGAUCGGUGGGCACAGAUCCGCAAGCAGGCCGCGGAGAGGGCUGCUGCCCAAUUCGAGGCAGGAAACCGGACCAGCCUUACUGAAAGGACUGACGACGGUGAUACCAGUGGAGAGGAGACUAUCGAAUCUCGUGUUGCUCGUAUCAAGGCCCGCGUUGCAGAGUUGACCGGCAACAUGGAAGCGGCGCGAUAG